UUUGGGAGAUCUUAUAUGGCGCCAAAAACGGGGGGAGUUUUGCUUUAGUAAAAUGUAAAAAGAAUCUCUCAGUAUAGUUAACAUAAUUUAUUUGUCGAAUGAUAGGAACGAUUUGUAAUUACACAUUUUAAAACGUACACACAUUAAAGACACGACAAAUUUCAAUAUAUAAGCAGGCACUUGCCGUGAAUAGACUGCUGCUCUACGACUCGUUUUGGUAUAACCCAGGACCAAAGAUGGCGCUGCGCGGAUUGAGUUGCUGUGUUCCGUUUGUACUCCGUCAAUGUAAUUCAACAAGGUUAACAGUAUUACAUGCGCCAGUGAAAUUUAACUGGUUUACAUGCAGAGUUGAAGCCAGGCGUUAUCUAUUGUCAGAGGAUGUGGUGAGGCUGGAAGAUUUUCAGAAGACGAAACUUGCUGUGGCCCGACAAUUAUCUGGAUCAAAAGGGCAUUUCUUUAAUACAUUGAAUCAGAAAAUAGAAACUAAUCAAUUGAUCCUGAAGGAUGAACUGAAGCUGCUUCUCCUUCUCUGUCAAACACCUGAGGAUAUGGUUUUGGCUAGAAAUGCGAUCUACAGGUACCAUGCGGAAAAUGUUAAUAUGGCAUUUGGAGAGUUCAGAUUUGGACCUGUGUUUAUGAGGCUGUGUUACGAACUCGGCCUGGCAGAUUUAGCACUCAAUACACUAACUGAUAAGAGGCUGAAAGGAUUCUUUCCAGACUGUACAUCCUUUAAUCUGGCCCUAGACCUGCUCUUCAGUAAAGGACACUUUGAAGGUGCGUUGGAGCUGUUUGGGGAGAUGAAGGCCCAAGGUGUUGCUUUCAACAAGGAUACCUUUACAUUGGCAUUUGCUACCUGCUACAAGCUAAACACCCCCAGGUCAUACCAGAUCUGCUUGGCCCUGCUGGAAGAAGGUCAGGCCAAAGCCAGCUUUAUUCCUAGACAUGCUUAUUGCAUUGCAGUUGCCUUUGCCCUCACGCAGGAUGACGUUAAGCGAGCGCAGAGUAUCUACUCUCAGAUCAUGAAUACAGAAAGCAGACUGUGCCAAAACCUGAGAGUUCUUCUGUUGGCCAAGGCAGGAUCAAUGAAUGACGCAGUCUCCAUCCUCACAGCGGCUCUGCUCUCUGACAGUUUACAGUUAGUAAAGAAGCCAGACUUCUGCCAGGAAGUGGUUGAUGUGCUGAGAGAGAGAAGUAAAAAUGGGCCAUGGAGUGUGCAAGUCGAGCGUCUGUUUAAGAAGCUUAAGGAUGCAGGUCAAGUGAACCCACAAAAACUGGAGCACUUGCUGUACCGAACUCCUACAGGGAAAAGGAAGCUUUUGUCUUUUCUGAAGGAGGGGAACAGAAGGACCAGCAGCCGAAGGACUCUGAGACCACUGCUGUCAGAGUGAAGACACACACACACACACACACACACACACACACACACACACACACACACACACACACACACAAUGGCCACUGCUGACGUUAAUAAACAAGGAGUAGUGCAUACUGGUGCAUCUGUACAUGUGAUGUAUGUGAUCUAUUCAGUGUCCUAAAAACAUCAAGUUGUUGGUGUUCGAAUUAACGGUUUCUUGCAGUUUGUAUACUGUGAGAAUUGUGAGGAGAAAAUUAAUUCUCAAAUUGAGAGUAUGGUUUCUGUCAAGAUAUUUUUCCCUUAUUCAUAGGCUGCAUUUGUUAAAGUGCAUUGAUGUAUUGAAAUUGUUUUCCUUACAUUUAAAAACAAUAAAUGCAAUAAAAUUAAA